AUGGCCGCUGAGCGGCCGCUCUACCUCCGCCCGCCCCCUCUCCUUUCUUCAAUACCGCGUCUUCGCCUCCGCCAUCUCACCCUCUCUUUCCUCGCCUCUCUCUCCGUCAUCCUCUCCUCUCAUCUCCUCCUCCCCCUCCUCCUCCUCCUCCUCCUCCCCCCCCUUGACCUAGCCGGCUCCUCACGACGGCCGAGACGCUCCGUCGUCUUCGUUCUUUCGCCGGAGCUCGGCGUCGACGGAGCUUCCUCUCCCUCAGCUCCUCCGAUCCCCUCCGCACCCGCCUACCUCCUUCCUGCCGCCGCACGACCUCACCCCUUCGCCCUCGUCCACGCCUACUCCUCCCUCGCUCGCCGCUCCAAGCUCUCCUCCUCUCGAUCUCUCUCCAUUUUCCAAGACCUCUCCUCCUCCUUCUCUCAGCUCGCUUCCAAGAUCUCUUCCUCCUCCUCCUCCAAUCUCGACGACGACUCCCUCCGUCUCUUGGAGAAAGAAGCCAAGGAGAAGAUCAAGACCGCUCGCCAGAUCAUCUCUGAAUCUAAGGAGUCCUUCGACACUCAGCUCAAGAUCCAGAAGCUUCGAGACACGAUCUUCGCCGUUAAUGAGCAGCUCAACAAGGCCAAGAAGCUAGGCUCGCUGUCCAGUCAGAUCGCUGCCGGAUCCACCCCUAAAUCGAUCCACUGCCUCAAUAUGAGACUGAUGGGGGAUUGGAUCAACAAUCCUAAGAAGUACAAGAAGCUGAUCCCUAACCCUAACUCCCCGGCUCUCAUAAACCCAGAUCUUUAUCACUAUGCAAUUUUCUCCGAUAAUGUGAUCGCGGUCUCCGUGGUUGUGAAUUCGGCGGUGAAGAGUGCUAAGGAGCCGCGAAAGCACGUGUUCCACGUGGUGACGGACAAGAUGUAUGUGGCGGCGAUGAGCAUGAGGGUUUGGUUUCUGAGGAGGCCGCCGGCGCACGGUGCACGUGUGGAUGUCCGGUCGGUGUCGGAGUUUGGGUUCUUGAACUCGUCUUACUCGCCGGUGAUUCGAAUGGUUGAAGGAGGGAGAAAGGAUUUGGAUUUGCUUGAGUACUUGAGGUUCUACUUGCCGGAGAUGUUUCCUAAAUUGAGGAGGAUUGUUUUGUUGGAGGAUGAUGUGGUGGUGCAGAGAGAUUUGGCUGGGCUCUUUAGGGCGGAUCUCGGUGGGAAGGUGAAUGGGGCGGUGGAGAUGUGCUUUGGGGGAUUUCGUAGGUACAGUAAGUACUUGAACUUUUCGACUGAGGCGGUGAAGGAGAAGUUUAGCCCGAGGGCUUGUGCUUGGGGUUUCGGGGUGAAUGUGUUUGACCUUGAUGUGUGGAGGAGGGAGCAGUGCACGGACCAGUUCCAUCAGUUCCAAAACUUGAAUGAGGACGGGUUGCUUUGGAAUCCGGGUACUGUGUUGCCAGCAGGACUAGCAACAUUCUACACAACUACAAAGCCUCUUGAGAAAUCAUGGCAUGUGAUGGGGCUCGGCUACAACCCAAGUGUGAGCCAAGAUGAAAUCCGUAAUGCUGCUGUUAUACAUUUCAAUGGAAACAUGAAACCGUGGCUGGAUGUUGCCUUGAACCAGUACAAGCAUCUAUGGACCAAGUAUGUUGAUAGUGAGAUGGAGUUUCUUCCACUCUGUAACUUUGGGUUUUAAGCACAUAAGAGCAGGUUGCUUCACACAGUUUCUUGCCUUCUCUCACUUCACUUCGACCCUAAAUUGUGGUCCAGGCAAAAGUGCCUGUUUAUACUGAUAUGCUACAGGUUCCCUUAUCCCGAUUUGUGCCGCCGUCUGUCCAUUGACUUUUGUAUUGUAGACGUACUAUUUGUUUCUCGUGCAGUAGCAUAGAUGUAUUACUAGUUGACUCGACAUAAAUUAUAAAGCAAAAACUAGAGGAAACAAGUGAUUCUUCUGGUAAGUUUGCGCUUUUGCAGCGAAA